AACAGCUGCUUUGAUUCAGCUAGGCUAGAAGCUAGCUACAGUCCACUCACUGACUAACUUAAGUGAAUUUAGUUUUUUAUAAUAUUCCUCCAGCUCCUAUAUUCCCCAGGUUGAUCGAGGCCUGUUGCCAUGGAGCCCGCCUGCCGUAAGGACAAGCCCAAGCUGAACUCGACCCCGACCAGAGGAGACCGAUCCAGGCAGAAGUCUGCACAUCAAGAGCUCAAACAGAGGCAGAGAGCCGAGAUCUAUGCCUUGAACAAGGUGAUGACAGAGUUGGAGCAGCAGCAGUUUGAGGCCUUCUGUAAACAGAUGCAGUCACAGGGAGAAUAGAGAGUCCUGCCUGCUCUGUCUUUGUCCUUCACCUGGACAAGGUCACCUGGAACCAUCCCAAAACACAACAAACACUGUAACAUACUCACUUGAGUCGUUUUCAGACAUUAACUCGACGAGAGAAUGUCCGGACGAGGGGGUCUAGACUUUCUCCGGAGUUUUCCUUUCACACAUGAAGAGUGCGGCAGGAGAUUCUCCGCUCAGACAUGUUCUCAACAACACAUAAAUCUCUGCAGUGUUCAGGUGAAGGGUGGGACAGCAUUCAGAGGCAGGAUGCUACGUAUUGAGGGCUCUAUGGAAAUCACAUAUUUUGGUUUACUGCAUAUGCACACCAGCCCUUAUCACCAAAGGCUCUCUAGACAUCUUAAUCAGUGUGGCACCACUUUUUUAUUCUGAGAUAUUUAUAUAUAUACUUAUUGUUUUUUUAGUUUUGUGUCCGUUGCGGACUCAGGAUAAUCUCCUGCUGUUUUCUCACAUGGGCUCAAGUGGAUUUUAUCGUUAUCAAAGUUUUAACUAGGGAGCGGGCAAGAGAAACCCCGGAGUUCAGUGCAUGUCUGAAAGUUGCUUUACAUUUUCAAGCUGAUAUUCGGUUAGAUUUAAUGCUGUUUGUACUUCUCGAGAAGAGUUUUAAAAAAUCCUCUUUGUCCCUGAUGUGUUUGUGACUUGAGUCCAUAAUAAGAGCACAGAGCAGUUUCAUAUUCCCUACAGACACGUCAAGUCACUGACAUUUCUUUUCCUUAAAUAUCCUUUGUAGCAUUGAGGCAAUGUAACUCAGGCAACAGAGUUUUUUAUACCAUUUGUUUUACUUUCCACUAGUGUCCACAUUCACAAUUAAAUGUUGUAUAGGUCAAAUGCUCAUAUAAAUUGAAUUGAAAUCACUCAAGACACCACAGUGUUGAUAACAAAGGAAUGGGCCAGUUAAAAGUUCAUACUUUGUAGAUAAGAUCUAUUUGAGUAUUUUGAGUAUUUGGAUAAUGUUUCAUUUCAUGAGUUUGCUCAACAUGAGCAUCAAACUCAAGUCCUGGUCAUCCAUUUGAUCCAUUUGGUUGCUCUUUUGAAGUGCUAGAUUUUUUAACAUGGGCCGUGAUAAAUAAACAUAUUACACUAAACUGAAAAAGCUGGUCGCCACAGCUAGCAUUGAAAGACUGCUUUUCACAGCCAAGGGUUGUAAGAAUGAGUGGCUGAACUUAAGCUAAUUUACUGAUUCAUAAGCAUGUAGCUUUAAACUAAACAGUGCCCUUAAUUUGUCGAGUGAGUAAAUGGUGCAAUGCCAACUGGCAUGAAUUUUUUUUAUUGGGUUGUAUUGUCACUUACAAGGUUGCAAUCAAACCUUUAUUUAUGGCUGAAGUUAGUAUUUAUAUUAUUUAACACAGUAUGUCAACCACUUGAGAAUAUCAGUUUUAAAGAAAUGAAUGAAAAUUAA